UUACACGAUGUUUAUGUUACAUCAGGUAGGAGCUGGGCUAUGUGGGAGGACGCGGAGUAAAAAAAAAAAUGUUUAGAUAAACUUCAGGUACGGUACCUUCUUGAAUCAGGAAAUAGUUGAUUAAAACUGAAAAGGGAACUUGCAGCUUUUCAUGCUUUUCCUGCCCGGUGUGCAGAAAGUUUGUUUCGCUCGGGCGCACCCCACGCCCAAAAAAUUACGUGACCUGCGCCUCAAUGGAGAACAAAUUAAUGAGGUUCAAAGUAGACGAAGUUCUUAAGGAUCUCAACCGGUUGAAGAAGGUACAACAGGACACAAGUUUGAUGCUGAACAUUCCAAGUGAUUAUGAAGAAAACUGCUCUCUGUCUGCAUUGGACUGCUUCGGGAAGAACCUGACACUUCUGCAAGGCUCACAAACACUCAUCAGUAAAAUCAGUACCAGCCUUAAGAGUAAACUGAUCGUGAAGGCUGUCAAUUCCAGGCACAAAAAAGAUGGGAAGGUUGCUAAUUGCCUGGCCUGUGGCUCUUACCCAAAGAAUGACAGCAAGAAGUUUCUAGAAGAGCUUGGAUCAGUGCUGCAAAAAGCAAAUUCCCGGUUGAUGGAGACAUCCUGAACCGUCUAAGAAGGAUGAUGUCUGACACUACCACGAGACCCCUGGACACAGUUGUCAUCUCCAGUGCUAUUUAUUUAUUAUUUAUUUAUAAAAGGCAUAUAUAGUCGUUUUUAAGCUAAGUUGCAAUUUAAAAUAAUGUUUCUAGGGCAGACGAUAAGGAAAGAUUCUUCAAUUGGUCUCAAAGAUAAUACGGUCUUACGUCGAAUUACGCCUGAUCCAGUAGGACGUUAGCGGGUGUGCUGCUUAGAGUAACAGGUGCGGGAGAACGGGCAGCAUUGCCAGCCGGAUACUGUAACGGCUAACUCUCCAUAUCUAACUUGUAAUUCAGCAUGCGUACAUUAAUGUAUUCGUGAUGGACAGCUAUAAUAUCGAGAUUGCUGAAAUUGCCCAAAUUGAUAUGAAUCCGGUGAUCUAGGUCACAAAUAAGAACAGAAGUCGACGAAAGGCUGUAUUCACAACAGUUCAAUACAUUCACGUAUUGAAGGAAGUGCAUGCAUAGUAAAAUAAUAAAAGACGCAAAUUACGGAUAAACGUUUACAUUUAAAAGUCCAUUUAACUUUUAUAGAUACAGAAAUGAUCAGCUCUGCAAAUAAGUUACAUCGUUGUAUAGCUUCAGCAUCAUUUAUUGUCUGGAUUCCUGAGCUCAUUUUGCUAUAAGAUGCUUUAGUGCCAUCUACAGGUCACUGUGCUCCUUUGCACAGCCUAGACCAGUGGCCUACCACUUCCGCCUUAACGCGUGUCAUUUUACUUACAGUAUUAAGUUAUUUAUUGUCGUGGAACUGUUUUCUUUUGACAAGUAUGUGCUUCAAAACAGUUUCUCAAGAGUUAUUUAUUGAAAAAUGUCUCAUACUGAGAUAUGUUGUUUGUAUCA